CUUUGUACCUUAUUACUUCCACCAUGAGCAUACUCUGCCUUUUCGAAGCGUGCACCCGCUGCUCACAGCCCGGCCUGCCGCGGUAGUGACUUUGCUGUCACUGGCAGCCCGUUCUCUCACACACUCGAAAGCUUCUUCGAACUUCAUUCCGAGCUGACCGUGCCGCUGCGCCGUUCCUGCUCGUUCGCGCUGCAGCUAUCCAUCAAAAUCUCUUUCCCAACUGAAUAGGGAGUUGAUAUAUUCCACAGAGGGAACCAUUGAGCCGGAACUGACACCAAAUAUCGCUUAAAACCUCAGUCUGGGCGUGGCCAUAUCCAGCCUAAAAAAUUUGCCUUCCGCUGGCAAGCUGGCCGUCACUAUGGCCCAGUCACAUAGCAUGACUUCCAGGACUGGGCGGGACAAGCAGCGCUACGGUACCCAGGGCGAGCGACUGGUAGCCGGCAUUGUUCCUCUCUCGCAGGAUAAAUACUAUGUUCUCCUCGUCCAGUCCACGACCAGAAGUCGUUGGGUGCUACCUAAGGGUGGGUGGGAAACGGAUGAGGCCACGGCGCAAGAGGCGGCAUGUAGGGAGGCGUGGGAAGAGGCCGGAAUUGUUUGCAGCGUUAAAUACGACUUGGGAACAAUUGCGGAACAACGAAAGCCGGAGCAGCUCACGGCCCAGGCUCCCAAAGCCUCGUAUCACUUUUUUGAGGCGCUUGUUGAGCGGACAGAGAAUGAAUGGCCUGAAAUGAAAAAGCGAACCAGACAGUGGAUGACCUUUAAGCAGGCCGAGGUUGCGUUGAAAGACCGACCAGAGCUCUUGGAAGCGCUCAGAAGAUGUACAAUGCAUCGCUCAUAGACAUUUGCCGCAUGGUGUCUCCAAGGGAAGAGUAUUGUUGGCAUGAAUUGCAUUGGCGGCGUUUUGACUAUGCUUCUCCGCACAAGUCAAAAUACAUGACGAAAACCAAUUCUUAAUCUGCAUAGUAGAAGGCGACAAUAUGGGUCUACUGUCAUUUCGGUGUGGCUCGCUGAUAUUGUAGCGGGAUGAUCAAACCCGGCUCUGCGGAAAGUGAAUAUAUUAUGCGUCAGUUAUAGAUGCUAUCAAAAGUCCUGUAAAAGCAUGAUUCCGUAAUUUAACACAAAGCACUGGCUUAGUAUUCAUACUCAGUAUAUUAGCAGAAUUUGCAGGCCAACUGUGCUUCGUCAGCGACACCCAUAUGGCAUAAUA